AACCAGAACAAACAAGCGAAGCUGAGCGGAGCAGCCAUCAUCUGGUGAGAACCCAGCAGACGAAAAAGGGCUAUUUCUCGACUCACUAUGAAUUACCCAAAUCCUGAGGUUCAGGAGCCGAGUCCCCACACAAGUGAGCUAGCUGUCAGCACGGAGUGGUACCUGUGGGAAGACGACGUGAGGACACCGUCCCUGCCUGAGCUGUGUGAAAAGGAGACCAUCCACGCAGUGGCACGAAUCUACUUGCCGGUGGUGGUUGUCCUGUUCUGCCUGUUGGGAGUCCUGGGCAACGGGACACUUUUGCUGAUCCAUGCCUGUUACCACCACACCCCGUCCCUCGGCGACAUCCUCCUCUUGCAGCUGGCAACCUCUGACUUGCUGCUGCUCCUGACUCUCCCUGUGGGCGUGGCAGGGGUGGUCGGCAGCUGGCACCUAGGCUCCGCCACCUGCCGAGCCCUGCAGGGCCUCCACGCCCUCACCUCCUACAGCGGCUUCCUGUUCCUCGCGGGCCUCACUGCGGACCGCUACAUGGCCAUUGUGCAGGCCCCCACUGCUCACCGCCUGCGCCCCGUGGCCGUCCGUUGGGGCAGGCUGAGUUCAGGGCUGAUUUGGCUGCUCUCUGCUGCUCUGGCCUUGCCCCAGUUCCUGUAUGCCCGGGUGGAGGACCACGACGGCGUUGCGCUUUGCAGAGUGGCCACGGUGACGGCUGCCGUGAGCCUGGUCCAGGUGGGCCUUGGUUUUGUGCUGCCCUUUGUGCUGAUGGCGGUCUGCUACGCAGCCAUUGCCCACACCCUGCUGUCUUCCCCUUGCGUCCGGUCCCAGAAGGCCUUGCAGUUGAUCCUGGCCUUGGUCUUGGUCUUUGUAGUCCUGCAGCUGCCCUACGCUCUGUUGACCGCCCUGGACGCAGCGGAUGUGCUGAGUCAGCAGGCCUCGAGCUGCUCAGCCGCCCUCCGGCGGGAGCUGGCCCUGCUCAUCACCUGUGGACUGGCCUUGGCUCGCUGCUGCCUGAACCCCGUCUUCCAUGCCUUCCUGGGCGUGCGCUUCCGGAGGGACCUGCAGCGGCUGGCCAGAGAUCUGUGCUGCCAAUUGCAGGGCCCAUGCUGCGGCAAAAGGGUCGGGAAGAGAGGCAGCCAAUCGACAUCAGCUGCCACCGCCUUCCGAGAAGGAACGUCAUCCGGAGGAGCACCAUGA